AUAUUUUGGCGGUAUGUGAUUUCAAUAUGUGCUUUGUGUUUGUGUCGUGCGGGUGAGAGGGCAGCAUGCACGACAGCCGGGUUUUAAGCAACGUAACGGAGGAUCCACAAUACAAUUUUCCAACUGCAACUGACGGUCGCUAUUACCUUGUGGAUAGUGGAUACAGCAAUAAGAAGGGCUUUCUGGCACCAUACAAAGGCAACAGAUACCACAAACCGGAAUUUCAAAGACACAAUCCACGGAACCAUGAUGAAUUGUUCAACCGCGCUCACUCAUCUUUGCGAAGCGUGAUUGAGCGUACAUUUGGCGCAUGGAAGACGAGGUGGAGAUUUCUAAAAGACAUGCCUCGAUUUGAUUUUCGUAAAGUGCAGGUGCCAUUGGUUGCAGCGUCCAUGGCUUUGCAUAAUUUCAUACACAGAAAUAGUGUGGAUGAUAAGAUUAUUGUUGCUGUCAGCAAUGCGGUCGAGUAUCGAUAUCCGGACAUGCGUGACCGCGACGAUUUGGCUGCCCUUGACGAUGCGAUGAUGCCUGGAGAUGAUGACGUUGAGAUGGCGCAGUUGCGGGUGCGUAUCAGGGCAGAAUUGGUUGCAAUUUGGCGAAAUGCUGGUUAGGUGGACAUGUUAUGUGAUGCAUGUCAUUACUAUGUUGUCUUGAAAUUAAUUGGAGACUUUUAUUUACAUACAUAAUUGGUUAGCAAUUAUGUAUGACCAUGUAUGUUACUGUUUUUGUACAAUUAUCGAAUACUGACUUCGUUAUGA